AUGCCUGUACUCGACGGGCUACGGCAUGGCGAGCCGGUUGACGGUAGUCCUAGUCCAGCACACAAUGUUCCUCGAGAGAAGAUUGUUGUUGUUGGACUGGGCAUGGUUGCCAUCUCAUUCAUUGAGAAAGUCAUCAAACAAGACACAGAUCGGAAAUAUGAUAUUGUCGUCAUUGGCGAAGAGUCCCACGUAGCAUACAACCGCGUGGGACUUUCGACAUUCUUCGAACAUCGUAAAAUCGAAGAUCUAUACCUCAAUCCGAAGGAAUGGUACGGCUCAUUCAAAGAACGGGCAUUCGACCAUCACCUAAACACAAGAGUCACCGAAAUAAACCCCACAAACAAGACAGUCCACACAUCAAUAGGUGACACAAUAUCCUAUGAUAUCCUCGUCCUAGCAACAGGAUCCGACGCAACCCUUCCCACACGAACAACGGGCCAUGAUGCCAAUGGCGUCUUUGUCUACCGUACGAUCUCAGACCUGGAACGGCUGAUUGACUUCGCUUCCAAGCAUAAAGGCGAAACGGCCGUUACGGUCGGUGGCGGUCUCCUCGGACUUGAAGCCGCCAAGGCCAUGACUGAUCUGGAAGAUUUUGGGAAUGUCAAGUUGAUCGAUCGGAAUAAAUGGGUUUUGGCGCGACAGCUUGAUGGUGAUGCAGGGUCGCUGGUCACACGCAAAAUCCGGGAAUUGGGACUUGAUGUUCUUCACGAGAAGCGGGUGAAGGUUGUUCACACCGAUGACGGAAAUAAUGUUAUAGGGAUUACCUUUGAGGAUGGUGAGAAGAUUGAUUGUUGCUGUAUCUGCUUUGCGAUCGGUGUUCAGCCCCGAGACGAACUGGGUCGUGACAUUGGCAUCCAGUGCGGCGAACGUGGAGGUUUUGUGAUUGAUGAGAGUCUGCAGACAUCCACCUCAGACAUCUAUGCCGUCGGUGAAUGUGCAAGCUGGGAGAACCAGACAUUCGGAAUCAUUGCGCCCGGAAUUGAAAUGGCAGAUGUUCUCGCCUUCAAUCUCACAAACCCCCAAAAGGCCCGGAAGAGCUUCACCCGACCAGAUCUCAGUACCAAGUUGAAACUGCUCGGAGUCGACGUCGCCAGCUUCGGUGAUUUCUUCGCUGACAGGGAUGGACCAAAAUUCCUGCCUGGUCGUCGGCCAUCGGCUGUUCCGGGCUUUGAUGAACCUUUGCGUGAUGAGCCUGUCAAGGCUUUGACAUACAAAGAUCCAUUCGCUGGUGUAUACAAGAAGUAUCUGUUCACCAUGGACGGCAAGUUCUUGCUGGGUGGCAUGAUGAUCGGAGAUACCAAGGACUAUUUAAAGUUGAACCAGAUGGUGAAGCUCCAGAAAGAGCUCGAGGUCCCACCGAGUCAGUUCAUCCUUGGUGCUCAGAGCGGUGGUGAGGAAAAUGCAGAUGACCUUGACGAUAGCACGCAGAUCUGUUCUUGCCACAAUGUUACCAAAGGCGACGUGGUUGAGAAUGUAAAGAACGGCACCUGCACAUCCAUCGCGCAGGUCAAGUCUUGCACCAAGGCUGGUACAGGAUGUGGUGGUUGUAUGCCGCUGGUCCAGUCAAUCUUUAACAAGACCAUGCUGGACAUGGGACAAGAGGUUUCCAAUAAUCUGUGCUCACACAUUCCCUAUUCCCGAGCCGAUCUAUACAAUAUCAUAGCAAUCAGGCAACUAAAGACAUUCGUCGAUGUAAUGAAAGAGGUCGGAAAGAACCCAGAUUCUCUUGGCUGUGAGCUCUGCAAGCCCGCAAUCGGAUCGAUUCUGUCCAGUCUGUUCAAUCCUCACGUCAUGGACAAGGGCUACAAUGAUCUGCAAGACACCAACGACAAAUUCCUUGCCAACAUCCAGAGAAACGGCACAUUCUCGGUGGUACCCCGUGUCCCCGGCGGAGAGAUUACAGCCGAUAAACUCAUUGCCAUAGGAUCUGUGGCCAAGAAAUAUGGACUCUAUUGCAAGAUCACUGGAGCUCAACGUAUCGAUAUGUUUGGAGCAAAGAAGUCGGAUCUUCUGAAUAUCUGGUCAGAACUUGUGGACGCUGGUAUGGAGAGUGGUCAUGCCUAUGCGAAGGCCCUGAGAGCAAUCAAGAGUUGUGUCGGAACCACAUGGUGUCGCUUUGGUGUCGGUGACAGUGUCGGUAUGGCGAUUCGCCUGGAAGAGCGAUACAAAAGUAUUCGUGCCCCACACAAGUUCAAAGGCGCCGUAUCUGGCUGCGUAAGAGAGUGUGCAGAGGCUCAGAACAAGGAUUUCGGUCUCAUCGCUACCGAAAGGGGCUUCAACAUCUUCGUCGGAGGUAAUGGAGGCGCAAAGCCCAGACACGCCGAGCUUCUCGUGACAGACGUACCACCGGAAAUGGUGAUGCCCAUAAUUGACCGCUACCUCAUCUUCUACAUUCGCACCGCCGACAAACUCCAGCGGACAGCCCGAUGGAUCGAGAAUCUUCCUGGCGGAAUCCACUACCUGAAAGAAGUCAUCGUCGAGGACAAACUCGGUAUCUGCGCCGACAUGGAGCGACAGAUGCACGAACUCGUCGACAGCUACUUUUGCGAAUGGACCGAAACAGUCAAAGACCCAAAGCGUCGCAAACUCUUCCAGCAAUUCGCAAACACAGACGAAACCGUCGACACAGUCGAGGUUGUCCAAGAAAGAUCCCAGCAGCGCCCAACAUACUGGCCCAAGGACUCCACAGAACAACAGGAUUUCAAAGGCCACCAGUGGUCAAGUACAUCCUGGCAACCAGUUGUUCGCGCAGACCACUUCUCCGACGAGCCGCCGCAGGUUUCCUCGGCUAAUAUCAAGCGCGGAGAUACCCAACUUGCCGUCUUCAAGAUCAAGGGCAAGUACUAUGCAACUCAACAGAUGUGUCCUCACAAGCGAGCUUUUGUUCUCUCUGAUGGUCUUGUCGGCGACGAUGAUGCCGGUAAGUACUGGGUCUCGUGUCCGUAUCACAAGCGGAACUUCGACCUCAAUGGCGAGCAGGCCGGUAGGUGCUCUAAUGAUGAGAGUAUGAAUAUUGCUACGUUCCCUGUUGAGGAGAGGGAUGAUGGUUGGGUUUAUAUGAAGCUCCCGCCGAUUGAGGAGUUAGAUGGAGUUCUUGGAACGGAUAAGUGGAAGGUCCGAAAGAAUGAGAGCGAGGAUCCGUUCCAUAAGUUUGAUAAGAAGUUCAAGGGGAUGAAGGGAAAGAAAGCCUCCGAUGGCGACAUUGUCUCUCGGGCGCCAGCUGUGCAGCCGGCGAAGUCUAUUGAUUGGUAG